GAAAGUGCAACAUAAUUUGUACCAUAAUGAAUAUCGACACAGACUAUUCUUGGUAUUUCUUUAGUUGCCUCAAGUGUAGCAAAACUGCCUAUAAGAUUCCAAAGGUUGAAAAUGAGAUUGUCAAGAAAGGCAAGAAAGAAAUGUUUUGGUGUCCAACAUGUAAGGAAGACACUCCUAAGGUGAUACCAAGGUAUCUUUUAAACGUUGGAGUGAUGGAUAGCACUGGAGACACUAAAUGUCUUAUCUUUGAUAAAAGUGCACAAGAUAUAAUCGGUGUGUCUGCAGAGGAUUUGCUGGAAGGGAAGUGGGAUGAGGUAAACAAAUUUGUUGUUAAUAUGUAUAUAGACCAUAUUAUUCAAAUAUCUUAUAUACUUAUUUCAAUCUAUCAUAACAGAUUCAGGAUCCUACAAACUUGCCUCAGCCAAUCAGAGAUUUGGUUGGAAAGACUUUCCAGUUUCUGGUGACUGUUGGAAAGGAAAACAUCAAUGAAACUGAUGAUACCUACAAGGUUUCAACCGUUUGGCUGGGUAAUGAAUCUGA